AUGGCCGAGAGCACGAUACCCUCACCCCCUCAACUGGCUCUCGCGCUAGCCAUCGUGAAACAAAAGCCACUUGGAACUACCAUGAGAGAUUACUUCGUCCAAAUUCGACAGUUCAUCAAACCAGUUACGGCAACAGACCGAUCCGCAAGCCGCGAUCAAUUCUUCGACAGCGUCGCAUUCUGGCAACAAGCCUACGAGCGAUCCGAAGCCGAGCAAAGCAAGCUCCUCGAUCGUAUCUACGAACUGGAGCAACAUAAUGAAGUGCUUAGCACGAAGCUGCAGAGCUUGGAUGCUGCGCGGAGCGAUGGGAUUCAAGAACCAAUUAAGCGAAAGGCUAUCUCGGAUAGUAAUUCAAGGAAGAAACCCCGAACACAGGCGCAGUCUCAGAGCAGGACGAGUAUGCUGAAUGAAUGUACUUCAGGUGGGUUGGAUGCCCAGAUGCCGGGGUUCGUGGAGGAGCGGGGAUUAAUUGCAGCUCCUGCGUCGUUUAUGAGAAGAUUUUAUACCCUGCAAAAGACACUGCAGGGCAGUACUAAUCCUCCCGUCAUUGCGCUUGCUGCAACUGAGCUAUGUUAUGUCGCUGUGGAUAAUCUACUCUGCGCCGUUCGACGCGCCGACCCUGGUGCUGGAGAAAAGGGCACGCCUCUCGUCAAUUCUCCGAGUGUGUCCGCAACUAUCCACAGUAUAUAUAGCGCGUACCAGGUACUGCUUAGAGCAAUCAAGAAGGUUCCUUCGACCGAAUCAACAUUGCAAAGUCGUGGCCAAAUCAUUUUGCACACUGUUCGCUUGUUCGAGACAGUCAUCAAAGCCCUGGGCAUUUAUUGUCGGAAUCAAUCAAGGCAGACCGUUGCAGAAAAGGCGAGACCAGUUGCGAAGUCGAAAAGGCUCAAAACAGGCCAAUUGGAUAAUAAUAGCCGAUCAAUUGCAGAAGAUAAAGCCGUCACGCUGAUGAGUCUGCUACUCUGUAGAAUGGCUCUUUCACUCGACAAAACUGACAUCAAGACAUCGGAUCUACAGGAUGGGUUUAGCUACCUGUUACUGAAUCGUGUGGGCGAGUUGCUUUGUCUAUUCGUUUUCAAGGACCUCCAAUUACGACCCGAUCUCCAGGUAGAUAAUGCUCAGCUGUCACUUCCACCUGGCAUGAAAGACAUGCAGCUUGAUGAGGAAUCCAUUCUAGCUGCUGAAACCGAAGCCAAGGCUCUUAUACCGCCUCUCGAAAGGAUGCUCGCUGUACUGGAUCUAUCAUCUUCGUCUCCAGCAAGUGACCCUGCGGCAAGAACCAAAGGCUUAUUACAAAACACCCUACUGCAAGCGGUCUUUGGCAAAAGCCCAAGUUCUUGGGCAGCCUUGAGUCCUCUUUACCGUGACGAUGAUCCUAUGACUAGCGUACUUAACGCGGUGCAGGCCCCAAAGCAUUCAGUAUCCGAUUGGUUUGUUCAAGAAACUUGGAGACUCCUGGGUUGGGAAUUGAUCGCAGGUUCCCCGUUGGAUGCCCCGUUUCCUGAUCUGGACUAUAUGGCUCUAUAG